AUGAGAUUUCACUUGGACACCGGAAGCAGUGAUCUCUGGGUCAACACCGCCAGCUCAACUCUCUGCAAGGGAACCGGUUCACCAUGUUCCGUCUCCGGCACCUACGCCGCCAACUCGUCCUCGACAUACAACUACGUCGGCAGCUGGUUUAACAUCUCCUACGUCGACGGCUCCGGAGCUUCGGGUGACUACGUCACCGACACCUUCUCCAUUGGCAAGUCCACAAUAACCGACUUCCAGUUCGGCAUCGGCUACACGAGCUCCUCCGCGCAGGGCAUUCUGGGUGUAGGAUACCGGGUCAACGAGGUGCAGGUCGGACGCGCGGGUCUCGACCCCUACGACAAUCUCCCCGCUAAGAUGGUCGCCGAGGGCCUGAUCCAGUCGAACGCCUUCAGUCUGUACCUCAACGACCUCCAGGCCAGCACGGGCAACAUCCUCUUCGGAGGAGUCGACGCCGACCACUACGAGGGCGAGCUCAAGACGAUCCCCAUCCAGAAGCAGUCCGACGUCUACUCCGAGUUCCUUAUCACCCUGACAAAGGUCACCCUCGGCUCCAAGACGCUCAACGAGAACAUGGCCCUCGCCGUCCUCCUCGACUCCGGCUCUUCCCUCACCUACCUCCCCGACGACAUGGUCACGACAAUCUUCUCCAUGGUCGGCGCCGUCUACCAGCAGGACGAGGGCGUCGCCUUCAUCCCCUGCUCCGCCGCCAACUCGGGCAACAUGACCUUCACCUUCUCCGACCCCGUCAUCACCGUGCCCAUGAACGAGCUCGUCCUUGACCUCAUCCCCAUCACCGGCAAGCGCAUCGCCUUCUCCAACGGCGUCGACGCCUGCCUCUUCGGCAUCGCCCCAGCCGGCGACGGCACAAACGUCCUCGGCGACACCUUCCUCAGGUCCGCCUACGUCGUCUACGACCUCGACAACAACGAGAUCUCCCUCGCCCAGACAAAGUACAACGCCACCAGCUCCAACGUCCUCGAGAUCGGCAAGGGCUCCGGCUCCGUCCCCUCCGCCGUGGCCGUGGCGAACCCCGUCGCGGCCACCGCCGGCCUCGUCCGCGGCGGAGGCAGCAGUUCCGCACCGUCUCUGGGUCCCGUGGCCGCUUCGCUCUUUGCUGCCGGCGCCGCAUUCGUCACCGGAGCCUGCCUCCUGUUUUGA